AUGCGGUUUACGGUGUGUGUACUGCUGGUGGCGCUAGCGCUAGUGCUGGUGGUCAGUGGAAAAUCUCCCAACCGCCAGACGGACCAUAUGACCGGCAUGGAUUGGUGGGAAGGUGGUGUGUUCUACCAAAUCUACCCGCGUUCGUUUAAGGACAGCAAUGGUGAUGGAGUGGGCGAUUUGGCCGGCAUUACGGCAAAGCUCGAGCACCUGAAUGAGCUCGGUGUGGAUGGCGUUUGGCUUAGUCCGGUGUUUAAAUCACCGAUGGCUGACUUUGGGUACGACAUCGCCGACUUCCGGCAGGUGGAUCCGAUCUUUGGCACGAUGGCGGACCUGGAUGCGAUGGUGCUGAAGGCGAAGCAGCUCGGCAUCAAGGUGAUCCUUGAUUUUGUGCCCAACCACACUAGCGACGAGCACGAGUGGUUCCAGAAGUCACUCAACGGUGAAGGUGACUAUCGGGACUAUUACGUGUGGCGAAAUGGUGCUGCUGUGGGACAAACGCCUAACAAUUGGCAAUCCGUGUUCCAUACGCCAGCCUGGACGCAACCGGCCGGUCAAACGCAGUACUAUCUGCAUCAGUUUGAUAAGAAGCAACCGGAUCUGAACUACCGCAACCCGAAGGUGAAGCAAGAGAUGGAAGACAUGAUCCGGUUUUGGCUCGAUAAGGGCGUGGAUGGGUUCCGCAUCGACGCGAUCAACCACGUGUACGAGGAUCCGGACUUCCGGGAUGAGGAGCUGAUUGAUCCGAAGGGCGAGCUUAUUUGGGAAAAUCUCGACCACAAGUACACGCAGAACCUGCCCGAGUGCUACGGACUUAUCUACGACUGGCGCGAUCUGUUCGAUCAGUACAAGGCGCGUGACAACGUGACGAGGCUUAUGAUGACGGAGGCGUACGCUAGCCUGGAGGAAACGAUGCUGUGGUAUGGAAAUGGCAAUCGAAAAGGUUCCCACAUGCCGUUCAACUUCGCUAUGAUCAAUCGGUUGUCGAAGGAUUCGCGAGCUGCCGAUUUUAAGGCGGGUAUCGAUGAGUGGUUGAACGCUAUGCCGGCUGGAGCCCAAGCUAACUGGGUGCUAGGGAAUCACGAUCGACCACGAGUGGCUUCGAGAUUUGGCCGUGAUCGAGCGGGAAGUAUGGCCGUGCUUGAGAUGACUCUACCGGGUAUUGCGGUGGUGUACUACGGUGAAGAGAUCGGCAUGGAAGACAACCGUGCCAUUACGUUUGAGGAAACGCAAGACCCGCAAGCGGCCAAUACGAACGCGGAUGUGUAUCAGGAGUUCACGCGUGAUCCCGUCCGUACACCGUUCCAGUGGGAUGAUACGGCGUACGCUGGUUUUACGGCGGCAACGGCACAAAAAACCUGGCUCCCAGUGCACCCGAACUAUCGGGAUGUGAACCUGGCCGCACAGAAGGCCGCCCCCGAGAGCAUGUUCAAGCUGUACCAGCGGUUGAUUCGGUUGCGAAAAGAGCACGCAUUCAUGCAUGGGGAUUUCCACUCGAAAGAGCUGCUAAACAACGUGUUUGGGUACACGCGCACGUUCGAGGGUGAACCAUCGUACGCGGUCGUGGUUAACCUGAACGACAAUGACGUGAACGUGAACCUGCAGGAGUUGCACGAGGACGUCGAUUGGGCGAAGGUGACACUAACGUCGUUGGGUGCACGCAUGCAGGAAGGCACCGAAGUGAGCGAAGUGUUCCACAUCGUCCUGGGACGGUACGAUGCGGUCGUUUUUGAGAUCGCUUCGUCGGCGAGUGCUAUCGGUGCGUCGGCGAUCUUGUUGCUGAUCGCGUCGAUCCUGCGAUCCUUCUUCUAG